CUGUCAUUUGUUUUUUACUUGUAAACAGUGGGUGUCGCAAAUUAUCAUUUGUUUUACGAAAAUAAUGUAAAUUACAACAAAAAAUACUUGUUUUCUCUAUUCAUUAAAAUAUAUAUUGUGCUCGAAACACGGUGGAAUUAUUUUUAUAACUUGGAGUCUAUAAAAAACAGUCAAGAUGGAGCAAAUAAUACACCAAGUCGCCCAAAAUAUGGAGAAACAGCUGGACAAUGAGAUUGGAAGGCUAGAUGCUCUCGACAACAGUGAUUUGGAAGCGAUCAGACAACAGCGUAUCGCGGAGAUGAAACAGCGCGCCAAACAGAAGCAGGAGUGGCUUGCUAUUGGUCACGGCGAAUACACUGAAAUCGACAAUGAGAAGGAAUUCUUCACGGUCUGCAACAAGAGCGACAAUGUCGUAUGUCACUUCUACCGCAACGACACGCCGCGCUGUCGUAUUGUUGACAUGCACCUCAAGCUGCUGGCGAAGAAACACAUCGAGACACGGUUUGUCAAACUCGAUGCGGAGAGAGCGCCCUUUUUGACUGGCCGUCUCAAGAUCCACGUGAUCCCCACAAUAGGGCUUGUUAAGACUAACAAGACAAAGGACUUCAUAGUUGGAUUCACAGACCUCGGUGGACGAGAUGACUUCAGUACUGAGAUGCUAGAGUGGAGGAUAGCUCGGGCCGAUGUAAUAGAGUAUUCUGGUGAUUUGCUCGUGCCCCCCACUGAGGCGAAGAAACAGCGCGCCUUGCAGAUACAAAGCAAGAAGACAAUCCGAGGCCCCGCAGACUCGGAUUCAGAUCUGGAUUUUAGUGACUAGUUACAAAUACUGUGGCCAUUGAUGACUUUGUGUUAAAUAGAGCUAUCUCACUUUUUCUUUGCUAAUGAUAUUGUGGAAAGUUCUAGAGAAUUUUUGAUACUUUAUAAAUUAUGAACUUGAAAUAAUAUUUUGUCAAAUUAUAAAAAUAAAGUGUUAUCUUUAAUA